UCUAUUCUCUGUCUUUGGAACAUAUAUUCGUUGUGCUUUGUCUCUCCAUUAUGGGUAGGUCGCCAUGUUGUGACGAGAGUGGUGUAAAGAAAGGGCCAUGGACUCCAGAAGAAGACGAAAAGCUGAUUCAUCAUAUCAGCAAACACGGCCAUGGCAGUUGGAGAACACUUCCAAAGCGUGCAGGUUUGAAUAGGUGUGGGAAGAGUUGCAGGCUAAGAUGGACAAACUAUUUGAGGCCUGAUAUCAAGAGAGGCAAAUUCACUGAAGAAGAGGAGCGAAUUAUCAUCAAUCUUCAUUCAGUUCUGGGAAACAAGUGGUCGAAGAUUGCAGCCCAUCUACCAGGACGAACUGAUAAUGAAAUCAAGAAUUAUUGGAACACAAGCAUAAGGAAAAGGCUUCUCAAGAUGGGUAUUGAUCCUGAAACUCACAAGCCAAGGACAGAUUUCACUCAUCUCAUGAAUCUUUCACAGUUGCUUGGGAUGUCAAACUUGGGCAAUGCUAUGAAUACUAACUGGGGCAACCCUCUCGGUUUACAAGCUGAUAUCACUCGGUUAGCCAAAAUACAAAUGCUGCAAAACCUGUUGCAAAUUAUGAACAGUAAUUCAUUUGUUAACAUGGGAAACCCUUACCUCCAAGGAAAUCCCAACCUCAACCCAUUUCUCAGUAUGACAAAUCCUCUCAAAACUAAGGAGCCAGUGGCGUUGAGCGGUGAAGAAUAUGCAAAUCCUGGUCUAUAUUCUCAAGCACAAAGUGAAUGCUCUCAGCAGGAUGUUUCAAAAUCAUGGGCAGAUGUAGAUGGUGGAUCUAAUCCACAAGAUCUUGAAUAUCACAACAAAAUUAGCAACAAUGCUUCAUGUGAAAAUCAAGCUGAAAACCCAUUGCCUGCAUUAGUUGCAUCCUCUCCAAGGAUGGGAACCUUCAACCAAAUGGACAGUGGGUGUAACACAGCUCAAACAUCCACUCAGUCACCUUCCAACACAAUCUUUGAUGAUUGGGAUAAGUUCCUUGAUGAUGAAACAAGCGGCUCCUAUUGGAAAGAGAUUCUAGAUCUGACAUCCACUUCUGCGUCACCAAUUUUGUGGUAGAGGAAUCACUGAUUCUCUCUCAGGAUAAUCCCAUCAAAUUGUGGAUCACAUACCAAGA